UCUUUCCCGCACUCGUCGGGCAGCCAAGUGAUCGUCAUCCUUGGCUUGUAAAGUGCGGGGACUUGUACAUUUUCCUUCUUGAAAUACACUGUCUUUUAGCCUCUUGCAUUCCAUACCGUUGCAGUUAUGAAGUACAUCCUAGUUACCGGCGGUGUGAUUUCGGGAAUCGGAAAGGGUGUUAUUGCUUCGUCUACUGGUCUCCUAUUGCGCACACGUGGGUUGCGAGUAACCAGCAUAAAAAUCGAUCCCUACUUGAAUAUUGAUGCUGGAACUUUGAGCCCUUUGGACCAUGGUGAAGUAUUUGUUUUGGAUGACGGUGGAGAGGUGGAUUUGGAUCUUGGAAAUUACGAACGUUUCCUCGAUAUCACGCUGACUCGCGAGAACAAUAUCACAACGGGGAAGAUUUACAAAAGCGUUAUUGAGCGCGAGAGAAAAGGAGAUUAUCUUGGCAAAACGGUACAGGUUGUUCCACAUAUCACGAAUGCGAUCCAGGAAUGGGUGGAACGCGUGUCGAAGAUCCCUGUUGAUGAUAGUGGAGAGGAACCAGAUGUCUGCAUUGUCGAACUCGGAGGAACCGUAGGCGAUAUCGAGUCAGCUCCAUUCAUCGAAGCAAUGCGGCAGUUCCAAUUUCGUGUUGGACAUGACAACUUUUGUUUGAUCCAUGUCUCCUUGAUCCCCGUUGUGGGAUCCGUUGGAGAACAAAAAACAAAACCCACCCAGGCUAGUGUUCGCGAUUUGCGCGGUUUGGGUCUGUCGCCAGAUUUGGUCGCGUGCCGUAGCAGCAAACCCCUUGAUGAAGAUGUUAAGGAGAAGAUUUCCAUGUUCUGUCAUGUGGCUAAGGAGAAUGUCAUGGCGGUGCACGAUUGUAAAUCUGUGUAUCAUGUGCCUCUUCUCCUGGAUCAACAAGGAAUGGUGAAUGUCCUGCAAAAACGAUUGGGACUUGUCCCCCGACAGGAUCCGAAAUCUGUUCAUCUCUACUCCAAGUGGAAGGAACUCACGAUGCGUCACGAUCGACUUCACGAUUCGGUCAAUAUCGUUCUCAUUGGAAAAUAUACGCAGUUGAAGGACUCGUACAUUUCGGUUGUGAAGGCAUUGGAGCAUGCGGCACUCUCUUGCAAUCGGAAGCUGGUCAUUGAGUGGGUGGAGGCAUCUGAGCUGGAAACUGCCACCCUUUCUGUUGACCCAAUCAAGUACCACGAAGCUUGGAAAGUGCUUGUCGGUGCCAGUGGUAUCUUGGUGCCUGGUGGCUUUGGUGAGCGUGGAACAGAAGGGAUGAUUGCAGCUGCCAAGUGGGCACGUGAGAACAAGAUUCCAUACCUUGGCAUCUGUCUUGGUAUGCAGAUUGCCGUUAUUGAGUUCGCUCGGAAUGUUUGUGGCCUCGCCAGCGCGAACUCGGCUGAACUGGAUAAGGACACCCCCCAUUCAGUUGUAAUCAACAUGCCCGAAAUCUCGCAAACUAUCCUUGGAGGCACGAUGCGUCUUGGCGAUCGUGCAACCAUCUUCAGCGAAGGUAGUGAGACCUCCAUUACCCGACGCUUGUACGGCAAUCCACAUAUCAUUCACGAACGACACCGUCAUCGCUACGAGGUGAACCCUGAAAAUGUGAAGCAGAUUGAGGAAGCCGGGAUGUCCUUUAUUGGUAAAGAUGACAAAGGAGAACGUAUGAUCAUUGUUGAAAUUAAGGAUCAUCCGUUUUUCGUUGGAACCCAGUUCCAUCCGGAAUACAAAACGCGGCCACUCAAACCCACACCAGUAUUCCUCGGUUUUAUUCUUGCGGCUUCAGGCUUGUUGGAUCAGUAUCUGAGCUCUUUGGAUGGGCCAAAGGAAUCCCGACUAUUGGGCCGAUACCCGAGCGUUGGUGAGAACCUCGAUGUGGUUCAAGAUGAAAACCUGGAGAAGGUGGAGAGGGCGAAUGGUCUGAGGUCUGCAAUUGUGGCAAAUGGAGUGAGUAUCGAGAAGGAUGGUCAUAAAAUAUAGGGAUGUCGUACGCAGAUGGGUUAUAUAUAGUCUUUUUUGUAAAGCUGAGGGUAGUUUCACCUUUUUAUCACACAGUUUCUGUAGCAGAGUUGCGCAGAGAAGGACCACCACACAGAAAAAUAAAACUUUGUUCUCUAAUCUAA